UCUUAGAGUUCAUAAAAUUCUACCCUUUUGUUGACUGUUAACUUCCACUUAAACAACUCUCCAACCCUCUUUGGCUUUUUCUUAUUCUCUUCCUUUUAUCUACCUCACACCAUACUCAUUUUCUCUAUUUUUCACACCAAAUGGCAUCUAUACUCUACCUAAUUCUCUCAUUGUCUCUAUUUUUCACACCAAAUUCUCAGGCUGAUCAAGGGGUGGCUCAAGAGUGUCCAUACCCAUGCUACCCACCACCAACUGGCGGCGGUGGUGGUGGUGGUGGUAGUGGAGGAGGAGGAGGGAAUACUCCGACAACAACCACCUAUCCGCCGCCUUCCCAAACGGGGUAUUUCCCUCCACCUUCGGGUAUAUUCCCAUAUAACCCUCCAAACCCUAACUACUAUGGUAAUGGACCUCCAGCUCCAGACCCUAUAGUUCCAUGGUUUCCUUUUUACUACAAGAAGCCACCUCAUAGCCCUGAUAGAUCUUCAUCCACAGGUGGCAGAAUAAGAUCGACGGCUGCGAUGUUCUUCAUCAUUUUCUCAUUCUUGUUACUUGUUUGUUAACUUAGCGUGGAUUUCCAGACCAUUUUGUUUCUUCUUCUGGAAGCAUGAAUGGCAUGAGUGGUGCACAAAGGGCAAAAAUGGUAAUUCAAGAAAAGAUAGAUGAAAAGAAAGUGGUGGAGAGAUGAUAAAGGAAGGGCCACGAUGUAGACGACUAUUGUCCAAGAAUGUAGACAACUUUUUCUUUACUUUAGUGUUGUUAAUCAUAAUGCUAUGUGGGGAUUUUUACUUUUUUUUUUUUAUAUAAUAUUGUUGUUGAUGUAUAACUGAUGGUUGGUUCUUGGAAACUCUUAAGAAUUUUUUUA